AUGACCAGCCUUUCGACUAAGCUCGCCGAGCUGGAGGCUGCUGGCAGACCUAUCCAAGUCGGUCUUAUCGGCGCUGGCAAAUUCGGCUCUAUGUUCAUCGCGCAGUCUCACAGAACGGUCGGGAUGAGACUAGCUGGCAUUGCGGACCUGUCCUCCGACAGGGCCUUUGCGGCGCUGAAGCGGACCAAUUACCCAGCUGAGAAGUACGAUACCACUGUCAAUGCAUCCAUUUCUGAGGGAGUCCGGUCGGGAAAGACGAUAGUCACGACAGACUCUUCUGCUCUCAUUGCCACACCGGAGAUCGACGUGAUCCUCGAGGUGACUGGAAACCCGGCCGCUGGUAUCAAGCACGCACUUCUUUGCUGCGAGCAUAAGAAACACAUUGUCAUGAUCAAUGUCGAGGCCGAUGUACUUGCCGGUCCUCUGCUCGCUCGCAAAGCGAAGGAGGCGGACAUUAUCUACAGCAUGGCCUACGGCGACCAACCUGCCCUUAUCGCCGAGAUGGUUGACUGGGCUCGGACAGCUGGAUUCGAUGUCGUCUGCGCUGGCAAGGGAACGAAGCACCUCCCCCAAUAUCACUACUCAAACCCGGAAACCGUCUGGGACCAUUAUGGCUUCACGAAGGAGCAGCUCGCUUCUGGCGAUUUCAAUCCUCAAAUGUUCAAUAGCUUCCUCGACGGCACCAAGUCCGCACUGGAGAUGGCCGCCGUUGCCAACGGCUGCAACCUAACUCCUCCAUCCGGCCUCAAGUUCCCACCCUGCGGGAAGCACGAUCUGCCCGAGGUGCUCAAGCCCGAGAGCGACGGCGGCCAACUUCCGAGCAAGGGUACCGUGGAGGUGGUAUCUUGCAUGGAAAAGGACGGCCGCUGGGUGUUUGACGACCUGAGGUGGGGCGUGUACGUAGUCAUCGAGGCGGCGUCGCAGUACCAACAGGAUUGCUUCCGGCAGUAUGGACUCAAGACAGACAGCAGCGGCAAAUACGCCGCCCAGUACAAGCCAUAUCACCUGAUCGGACUGGAGCUAGGCAUCUCGGUAGCUACGAUCAUGUGCCGCGGCGAGCCUACCGGGCAGACGAAGACUUGGGCCGGCGACGUCGUGGCGACUGCGAAGCGCGACCUCAAAGCGGGCGAGAAGCUUGACGGCGAGGGCGGAUUCACCGUCUUCGGGAAGUUGAUGAAAGCCGAAGACUCAAUCGCGAUCUCGGGGUUGCCAAUCGGGCUUGCACAUGGAUUCGUCCUCAAACACGACAUCAGGAAGGAUCAAGGACUGAGUUGGGAUGAUAUCGAAUAUGACGCUCAAAGCUCUCAGGCCGUUGCUGUGAGGAGGGAGAUGGAGGCCCUAUUCAGGAAAGAUUUCGAGAAAAGGAAGGCCGGGAUUGUAAAUGGGGGACAAUAG